CAAACCACCACAAAUCUUUUUCUAUAUCUACCAUAGUUGGCUCUGUCGCUCUCGGCACUGUGGACAAAGAAGACCUAGUGAGACCUCCACUUGAAAAGGAAAUUAAGGAAACUGUUUUCUCCUUCCACCCCUACAAAGCUUCGGGCCCAGAUGGUUUUCAUCGGUUCUUCUACCAAAAAUACUGGUCUUUUAUAGGACCCUCUGUUAUUCGUCUUUGUACUAAAGCCUUUCAGGAAGAGUGUAUCCCAGAAGGAAUUAAUUAGACACAUAUCUGCCUGAUCCCUAAAUGCUUUGACUCUAAAAGAUUUUCAUUCGAUUAGUCUUUGCAAUACCUCGUAUAAAAUUAUUACUAAACUUUUAGCUCGUAGAAUGCGUCUCCUAAUUAAUAUGCUCAUAGGGCCCUGUCAAUCUAGUUUUCUCAAAAACAGGCAAGCGGGGCACAACGCAAUCAUAGUACAAGAAAUUACAAAUUACUUCAAGAAGGUUGAAGGUAGAAAUAACUACUUCAUGAUGAAAAUUGAUUUGAAGAAAGCUUUUGAUAAAUUGGAAUGGCCUUUUAUUUGUAAUAUUCUGGUUUAUUUUAAUUUUCCUAUGAAUAUUAUUAAUCUCAUUAUGUCCUGUAUAUGCACCAGUUCAUCAUCAAUCUUAAUCAACGGGUCUAGGUCAAACUUCUUUAGCCCAUCUAGAGGUAUCCGACAAGGUGACCCAAUUUCACCCUAUAUUUUUAUAUUAUGCAUGGAGGUUUUAUCCCACAAUAUCAGUGAUGUUGUUUCUGCAUGCAAUUGGAACCCUGUUUAUAUCUCUAAGCGUGGUCCUCCCCUUUCACAUUUAUUCUUUGCCGAUGACUUGGUUCUUAUGUGUGAAAGUGUUAAUUCUACCCUAAAAAUUUUUUGCUCCUGGUCAGGCCUAAAUAUUAACUACUCAAAGUCUAAGAUCAUAUACUCUCUAAACUGCCCCAAAAAAACUCAGGUUACUACCUCUUCUUUCUUCAAUAUCAAGGGUAGCACCUCCUUUAACCAUAUUUAAUAAGCGUUCAGCUAGAGCUGAUUUUCACUUCAUUCUUGACAAUCUUAGGAAUAAGCUCAUGGGGUGGAAAACUAGGUUCAUGAAUAUUGCAGGACAUAGCACACUACGCUCAAUAGCAUUCCUACCCACCUAAUGCAUUACAUAAAACUUCCUGUCAAUAUUACCAAGUAAAUUGACCGUAUCCAAUGAAACUUUAUUUGGGGUACCACUGACUCCCGUAAAAAAAUUCAUCUAUUAAAAUGGGAAACCCUACUACUCCCCAAAGAUAGGGGGCUUAGGUAUACAAAAAUCUAGCAUUAAAAAUGAAGCCAUGCUCGCAAAAUUGGCAUGGAGGCUUCACAACAAUCAUACUGGGCAUCUCUCUUAAUCGAUAAAUAUGCUAGGGGUGCUAGCAUUUUUGACUAGAGAAAGCACCUCAAAUCAGCACCUCAAAUCAACUUGUUUUGUUUGGAAAAAUAUUGUAUCUGGCUGGGAAUUCUGUAGAAAGCAUAUCCACUGGAACACUCAUUUGAAAUGAAAAUUGUCUUUAAACCUUGAUGACGGCGCUGAAGUGCUCAACACAUUCUGAGCCUCGCUUUAUGACUUAAAUGUGCCUUUGAUAACACUGCAUAAAACUCAAUGCAUAAGUUUAUAUUUUGUAAAAAAAAUAAAAAAAAUAAAAAAAAUAAAAAUUUUAUAAAAAGAAGAAAACCUCAUGCUCGACAUAAAGAGGUUGUUUGCACCAAUCCAACUUCAGAAAUUCAUAUUGUAUGUAUAAACAAAAUUUCAACUUCAAAUUUUAAAAAGACCCUUAAUUUCCUUUUAGCCCGAAAUCCAAGAGCCCUUUGUCCCUUACCGUUGUUUUGCCCUACAAAAGUCCGCCAUGAAGAAUAAAUCUGUCGAAUAUAAACAUAUAUACUUCGGAAAGCCAACAAAUAUUGGAUUCUGAAUUGAAUAUGGAAGAAGACAAGUCCUACUAUCCCAACCCUGAAGACACUGGCUUACUUGGUACGUGUAGUAUGCUUCAAUUGGAGUAGCUAAUAUCUUCCAAAUAUUAUAGAAAAUAAUAAUAUUUUCUUUGCUUUGGUAUUCAAAAGAGUGGAUAAACAAUAUGAAUGUGUGUGUGUGUAUGUUUGUGUCAAUGUAUGAUUUUUAUGAUCAUAUCUUUUUUAUUGUUAUAGAGAUUUUUUGAAAAGUUGAUAUUUUUUAGCCAUAAAAAGUGGCAUUAACAUGUUCAUUAUGCUGUUUGAGUUUUGUAUUAGUCUAUAUUAAAGUUAUUUAGAGAUGAUUUAUUUGCUUUAUCAUGAAGGUUAGAUAAGUUUGGAAGCAUCUACAUGCAUAAAGUUUGAGGCGGAGCUCAGAGUUUUAGAUUCUUAAAAAAGAAAGUUAUUGAGUUCUAGAUAAAUUAUUUAAAGAUUUUUUAAUGCAAAUAUAGGGUCUGUACGCUAGUUGUGUUAGGACUCUUAUGGACUUGCACAUAUAUUGAGUUAAGAAUAACUUUAUGUUGAUUGUUAUCUUUACCAUUGAUUGAUUGGUAAUAGAAGAUGUAGAAGUUGUGCAACCUGAAGGCAUAAAAAGAGCUAUGAUGGAGUUUUAUCUGAAUCUGUCUUCUGAAACAGAAGAAACAGAGGUCUGGAGGGCUUCUAUGGAAUUCACAAGUUGUCCUAAAGUGAAAGAGGGGGAAAAAGAACGGCUGCACGUCCUUUACGGAGACAGAGGUGUUGAACAUUAUCAAUGUGUUGGUCAAUACUUAGACAGGAUUUGAUGCAAACCAUCCAUAACUUUCACUAGAAUGAGUUCUUUGAGAAAUCUAUAAGAUCGUUUCCAAACUUAUCACAGAAAGAAUGAAAUCAGUAAUAACGAAGCUGGUGGAUGAUCAUGAAAUGGCUUUUCUCAAAGAAGGCGAAUUUUGGAUGUAGUUCUUUCGGCUAAUCAGUUAGUUGAUUCCAGAACUAAACUCAAAAAGGCAGGCAUUUUAUGUAAGCUGGAUACUGAAAAAUCGUAUGACCUCGUCAUUUGGAUUUUUUCGUUAAAAAUUCUGAAGGACAUGGGUUUUGGUAACAAAUUGAUUAAUUGAAUAAAGUUUUGUAUUUCCAGUGUGAAGUUCUCGGUGUUUGAUCAAUGUUAGUCCAGAAGAUUUCUUUCACUGCUAGAGGGGACUGGGUGAUCCAGUGUCACCUUUCCUAUUCUUGUUGGCAAUGGAAGGUUUGAGCCGCAUGAUCAGAGUAGCUAAAUCCAAUGAAUGGAUUAAGGGAUUUGACUUUAGUUCAAUUAAUGGUUAUGGUUUGGAAAUCUUUCACCUGGUGUAUGGUGAUGACACUAAUUUUAUUUUAUUUUUUUGUGAUGAAGUGGACCAAAUUAGUCAUCUCAGGGCAAACUUAACUAUUUUUGAAGCUUUAUCUGGUUUACAUGUUAAUUGGAGCAAGUGUUCUAUCUUUCCAGUUUCUCAAGUGCCUCUUGCAAACAAUCUAGGGUGUCAGGUCACAGGUGGGAUUUUUACCUACCAAGUAUUUGUGUAUGCCAUUGGGAGCAAAUAGCAAAUCCAUAGGUGUAUGGAAUAAGGUCAUUGAAAGAUGUGAGAAAAAGUUGGUAACUUGGAAAUCUCAGUACUUAUCUUUGGGGGGUAGGUUGAGUUUAAUUAACUCCAAAUUGGAUGCUCUCCCUAUGUAUAUGCUCAGCUGGUAAGAUGGGAUGUACUUAUUCUUAGCAAAAAAAGAGGGAGGAUUGGGCAUAAAGAAACUGAAAUUGCAUAAUAAGAUCCUAUCACAGAAGUGGUUAUGGAGGUACAGUAAUGAGGAUAUGUUACUUUGGAGAAAUUUCAUUUAUCAAAAAUACGAAAUGGAAUGCCAAUGGAUCACUAAAGAAGUGACAAGUACUUAUGGAUGCAAUGUAUGGAAUAGCAUUAGGAAUCUAUGGAGUGAUUUUUGGGCGAAUGUGGUGAUUUCAGUGGGGGGAUAAUAGUACGACAGCUUUUUGGGAAGACCACUGGAUUGGUGAUGGCAGUUUGAAGUCCACUUUUCCUGAUCUCUACUCUAUAAACUCAAACUCGCAACCAGAUAAACCAAGUUUGGAACAAUGGUGAAAUCUUAUCUUUAGGAGAGCUUUGAAUGAUUGGGAAGUAGAACAUUUUAUUACCAUGAUUCAACUUACAGGAACUUUCGGUGGAAACGCUCGGCAACCAGAUAGACUCAGGUGGAGACUAGAUAACAAAGGUAAUUUCUCAGUAACGUCUUAUUGGUUCAUGAAUCAUAAUAGCUCCAUGAAUAGGGUAUGGCCUUUGAAAUUGAUUUGGAGAACAAAAAUUCCAGUGAAGGUAUCUUGUUUUGUUUGGUUGGUGGCAAGGAGAGCAUGUUUAACUCGACAAAACCUACAAAGAAGAGGUCUUGAUAUAUGUUUAAGACGGUCUACUAUGUGGCCAGGGGAAUGAGAGCAGUGAGCAUUUUUUCUUACAUUGUAAGGCAAUAAUAAAUAUGUGACACAUGUUCUUUUGUAAUGUGGGCAUAAAUUGGGCUAUGCCUAGUUCUACUAUGAAUCUUUUCAAUCAUUGGGUGAAUAUGGGAAAGAGAAAUAGAGAGGAAGAUUGGUGGAAGAUCAUCCCAGCAUGUAUUUGGUGGACUAUAUGGAAAAAGAGGAACUCAAGACAUUUUGAAAAUACUAGCAAGUUUAUUCAAAAGGUGUAGGGAGAACACUGAGAGAGAUCCCACCAGCUCACUAUACAUUAAAAGUUGAUUCAUUCUCAUUCCUUGUUCAACUACUUGAGAAAACUGGAGAAAAGAGCUAUGAGUCUGAGGUUUUUGAAGCCAGUUGUCACAAAUGGUGAAGAAACUGUGUCUCUAUCCAACCGGCGAUGAAGAAAAAGGUGGAAAGGGGCACAUCUCUCUCUACUUGGCCAUCACAAACACACAGGCUUUACCUCUUGGUUGGGAGGUUAAUGCGAGUUUCAAGUUCUUCGUGUUUGAUCAGUAUCGUGGCAAAUACUUGACAAUUCAAGAUGUUAACGAGAAGCCAAGACGCUAUCAUGCAAUGAAAACUCUAUGGGGGUUUCCUGAACUACUCCCAUUCAGUGUGUUCAAUGACCCUACUGAAGGAUACCUCGUUGGUGACAAAUGUGUAUUUGGCGUGGAGGUUUUUGUGAUCAAAUAUAGUGGUGCAGGAGAGCUUCUACCUCAGCCCACAAAUCGUACAAGCUCUUGUUUCACUUGGAUUAUCCAUAAUUACUCCCUUCCAACCGGCGCAGUUCGUACACAGAGUUUUGUCCUUGAAGCCUGCAACUGGACUUUAGAGCUCCAUCCCAAAGGAUUCCUUGGAGACAGACCCAAUCACUUUGCCCUCGCAUUCUUCUUGGAUGUCACUAAGAAUACGCCGAAAGUUUAUGCAGAUUUUAAGUUGACGAUAAAGAAUCAAGCGGAUGGAAAGGAUAUCACACUUCCAGGAAGUCAAUGGUUCUUUCCUAAUAAACGCUGGAUUACGAGGGUUCCCCAUAAGCUAAGUCCAGUGAGUGAUGUAUCUAAGGGAUUUCUUGUGAAUGAUUUGUUGGUGGUUAAUUUCGAGAUUACUCGCAUAUUUGCAGUGGAAAAGUUUGCCUAGUCAAGUCUUUUGUUUGAGCUCUGCCAUUAAGUACUGUACCCUCUCAGAAGCUACUUUUAAUUUUAUGAGCUCUGUGGAUUCUUUAUUGAUUAUGCUAUUUUCUAUAUGCUAGUUGUAGAAAACUUUGAAACAGGUACGAGUUUGAUUAGAGAUGAGCAGAUGACAACGACAUGUAAAUCACAUCUUCUGGCCUUAGCCCUGGGUGCAAUUAGCUUGGUGUAUUGAACCAGGCCUCCUUCCCCUUUAACUGGACGGGACUUAUUUCAGUGCUGCAAUUUGCGUUUACACAUUAUUUCAUGACAUUGUUCUGUUGGCAAUGCAUAUAUUGCAGUAAGGCAUUAAAUUGUUAAACUUCAUCUGUUGACAAUGCGUAUUUCUUGAUGCCAUCCAGUUCUUAUAGAUAUUGAAUGAAUGCACCUGACAGUUUAUGAAGAUA